CUCUCAGUCCGCAGCAGGCAACUAUUGAGUUAGGAGUAAAGGAUGAGGCGCACCAAGGGAAGAGAAGAAAAUUGAGAUCGUAGCCGAGUAAAGAUCAAACCUGUGAGGUGUGAGAUGUGUGUCUUCUGGAGGGACUCUGAGCAGAAGAGCUGGACUCACACGACACUGGACUUGCUGUGGCUCAAACCUUUGGACCCGCAGCGCCACCACCAGAUGUCCUGAAGAUGAUCAACCCUCAGAUCUACCUGCACUACAACUACACAGGCAAGCUGGACCACCGGCCCACCAUCUCCAGCCCGGGAGCCAUGGACAUCAAGACCAUCGUGUUUCUGGUGGUGUGCAGCUUCAUUGUGUUGGAGAACCUGACGGUGCUGGUGGCCAUCUGGAGGAACCAGCGCUUCCACAAUCGCAUGUAUUUCUUCAUCGGCAACCUGGCGCUGUGCGACAUGCUGGCCGGAGUGGCCUACCUGGUCAACCUGCUGCUGUCCGGAGAGAAGACGCUGCAGCUGUCGCCUGCGCUCUGGUUUGUCAGGGAGGGGAGCAUGUUUGUGGCUCUGGGCGCGUCCAUCUUCAGCCUGCUGGCCAUCGCCAUCGAGAGACACCUGACCAUGAUUAAAAUGAGGCCUUACGACCACAACAAGAACUACAGGGUCUUCCUGCUCAUCGGCACAUGCUGGCUGAUCGCCAUCUCCUUCGGGGCUCUGCCCAUUCUGGGUUGGAACUGCUUAGACAACCUCCCUGACUGCUCCACCAUUCUCCCACUCUACACCAAAAAGUACGUGGCCUUCUCCAUCUCCAUCUUCAUCGUUCUGCUGCUGGCCAUGUCAGUGCUUUACAUCCGUAUCUACAUCCUGGUGAAGUCCAGCAGUCAGAAGGUGAGCAAGAACAGCAGCCCGGACCACGCCAUGUCACUGCUGCGCACCGUCAUCAUCGUGGUGGGCGUCUUCAUCGCCUGCUGGACGCCCAUCUUUGUCCUGCUUCUUGUGGACGUGGCCUGCGAGCAGCGCCGGCGCUGCCUCAUCCUCUACAAAGCCGACUGGUUCGUGGCGGUGGCUGUGCUGAACUCGGCCAUGAACCCCAUCAUCUACACUCUGGCCAGCUGCGAGAUGAGACGUGCCUUCCUCAGACUGGUGUGCGGAGCCUGCUAUGCUGGCAAGGAUUCGGUGAACGGGAGCGUGUACCAGCAAGCUCGGGAGCUCAGCCGCAGCAGGAGCAAGUCUUGGAGCAGCCAGAUAAACCAGAACCAACUGAGCUCCAGCAAGGCCGAGCUGGACCGAGAGCCAGAGCAGGCGGGUGAUGAGGCCCAAAGCACUGCGGGUGGGAACAAAGCGUGCACUGGAGCACAGACCACAUAAGAACUGAGGCGUAAUCCCACAUGACACCAGGAACUGCUUCCAAACUUUGAUCCGGUUCAAGUUUUUGACAUGAAAAACAGCCGUUAACACAAUGACAAAGAAGGAUAUUUAUUACCCCAAAACGUUUUUGCGUUUUAUAUACACGUCAUUGAGGAUCUGAAAGUAUUCAUGGAAGUUGCUGGCGACAGAACAUUGUGACCUGUUUAGUCAAGUGUCGCUAAAGCUUGUGAAUGUACAGAGUGAAGCAUAGACGGUCACUAUAUUCCAGCUGAUUUAAUGACAGAAAAUGUUGAUAGAGGACGGUGGAAGCGUUUUAUUACCCGGAAAAGCGUCAAUGAUGGUGGUGUAAGCUUAGAGGAAGUAUUAACUACUAACGCCCAUGAAACGUGGCAAUUGCUGUGAGAGCCGAGCUCCAUCUGCUGGUUAAUAGUGGAAGUUACAGAAUUCUGCAAAGAUGUUGCAUGUGGACGAAAUGUUGACGGAGACAAAUACCAGACCUUCUCAGUCUGAUUCAUUCAGUAUUAAAAUCGUUUUGUGUGAAUUCUCGAUGUACGUAGCUGUAUACAUGAACAAAUAUUCCCAUUUAUACUGAACAAUAGGAGGUCUGUAACGGCAGAGAUUCUCUAUAGCGCCAUCUGCUGAGUCGUAAUGGACAUAUAAACUCGCCGACGUCAUUCGCAAUAAACGUAUCUCCAUUUGAUAUUUCAGAACGCAACCAUCUCAUAUUAAGCUGAAAGCAUGAUGAGUAUAUAUUUCCAGAUGCACGCGAAUGCAACACAGGAGGAGAAGCGAAAAAAUAAACGCAACUAGAGAAGCAGGACCCACAGCAGGUGUUUCUUGAAUGGUCGUGAUACAUUUUCAAGAAGUGUUAUAUUCAAGUGUUACAUAAAGCUGUUUGGAACUGGAUGUACUCACUGGGUAUUCCUGGUUGACGCCGCCUAAUGACGUCAUCGUCCAUCUUCCCAUCUUUGACGAAGCAUUGCGACUCCUUUGAUCUC